AGUAGGUGGAGCAUACUGAGGGAAAGUUAGGUAAUCUACAUCGAAACGAGUAUCACGAUGUACUAAAAUGAAUGCGCUUUAAAUACCGUAUGGGUUACAUUUAAACGAUUGGAUGUUUGAAUUGAUAUUUAAUGCAAAACGAACAAAGGAAAAAUUAAUAAUUUGACUGGCAAAAAGUGUAAGGAUUGUGUGGGUGACUUUCGAUAGGAGGUGGGCGAUCUUUCUUAAGGAUCGGGCGGUGUUGUCGCGGUGGGACGCGGACAGCUGCGGUAGAAAAGGCCGGCGGCCGGCAGGGUGAUGCGUGGCAGCGGCUCCUCGGCGGAGGCGGGGCGUCCGCUCUCAGAUGACGAGCUGAUGGGUUUCAAGGCAUGAAGUGGGGAGAGAAAAACGGGAUGCAGCUGAACGAAGCUCCGCGAUCCCAAUAAGAGAAAGAAAAGGCGAAUAAACAAGAGAAAUGGGCAGGGGGGGUGCGCUGGAUGAAGCGGGGAGCGAUUUCUCCGGGAAGGACGGAAAAGCGGCAUGAUCACGUAGCGUUUCUUACUCUCCAAAUGAAAGCAGAAAGGAAGAAGAGGAAGAAAGUUUGGAGAGUUUGCGGCGCAGUAUGGCGCGGGAGUCCGGGGAAGCCGGAGCGCUGAAGAGUUGCGAAGUCAGAAAGCGGACGAAGAGGAAAAGCAAGAAGGAGAGCAAAAGCAGGGUCGUGCGGGCCGGGGGGGCCCAGGAGCCCCACAAGCGUUACGCCAACAACAAGAUCAAAACCACCAAGUACACGCUGCUCUCCUUCCUGCCCAAGAACCUCUUCGAGCAGUUCCACCGCUUCGCCAACGUCUACUUUGUGUUCAUCGCGCUGCUGAACUUCGUGCCGGUGGUGAAGGCGUUCCAGCCAGUGUUGGCCCUGGCCCCCGUCAUAUUCAUCCUGUCCGUCACGGCCAUCAAAGACCUGUGGGAGGACUACCGAAGACACCGCUCGGAUACAGAAAUAAACCACAUGGAUUGCCUUGUUUACUGCCAGAGUCAGCGACGUUACGUGGAGAAGUACUGGAAGCAGGUGCGCGUCGGAGACUUCGUCCGGCUGCGCUGCAAUGAGAUCCUGCCGGCGGACGUGUUGCUCCUGAGCUCCAGCGACCCGGACGGGCUGUGCCACAUUGAAACUGCCACACUGGACGGCGAGAGCAACCUGAAGCAGCGGCAGGUUGUGCGGCGCUUCCUGGACCUGGACUGUGAGUUUGACCCCUCCAAGUAUGACAGCGUCAUCGAGUGUGAGAAGCCAAACAAUGAUCUCGGCCGCUUCCGGGGUUACAUAAUCCACCGGAAUGGGAAGAGAGACGGACUGAAUAAGGACAACCUGCUGCUCCGAGGCUGUACCAUCAGGAACACGGAGGAGGCGGUGGGGAUCGUCAUUUACGCAGGCCAUGAGACCAAAUCCAUGCUGAAUAACAACGGCCCACGGUACAAGCGCAGCAAGCUAGAGCGGCAAAUGAACAUUGACGUCUUCUGGUGCGUCAUCAUCCUGCUGGUGAUGUGCCUGUUCUCCGCCAUCGGCCAUGGACUGUGGAUGUUCCAGUACGGGGAGACCAGACCUGUCUUUGAUGUCCUCAGCCCGGGGGGGACAGACUUGUCACCCGCCCUGUCUGCUGUCUACCUGUUCCUCACCAUGAUCAUUGUGUUCCAGGUUCUGAUUCCCAUCUCCCUCUUCGUCUCCAUCGAGAUCGUGAAGAUUUGCCAGGUGUACAUCAUUCAUCAGGAUGUGGAGCUUUACGACGAGGAGACAGACUCGCACCUGCAGUGUCGCGCGCUUAACAUCACCGAGGAUCUGGGCCAGAUGCAGUACAUCUUCUCGGACAAGACGGGCACGCUGACGGAGAACAAGAUGGUGUUCCGGCGCUGCGCGGUGGCGGGCAUCGAGUACUCGCACGACGCUAACGCACGCCGGCUGGCCAUGUACCAGGAGCUGGAUUCCGAGGAGGAGGACUGCACCUCCCAUGGGGGCACACUGCCGCGGCGGGACAGCACCGGCAGCCACCAGAGCGCCCGCGUGGUCCUGCGCUCCCAGAGCACCAAGUCCCACCGCCGCACGGGCAGCCGGGCCGAGGCCAAGCGGGCCAGCAUCCUGUCCAAACAUACGGCCUUCAGCAGCCCCAUGGAGAAGGACGUCACGCCCGACCCUCAGCUCCUGGACAAGGUGAACGACUGCGCUAGCCAGAUGGAAUUCAUGCGCCUUCACGCUCAGCCGCUGGCCCAGCUGCCCUCCGAGCUCUCGGACAUCAUUGAUUUCUUCGUGGCGCUCGCCAUCUGCAACACCGUCGUGGUGUCGUCGCCCAACCAGCCGCGCCAAAAGGUGCGGAUGAGGUUUGAGCUGAAGUCGCCCGUGAAGACCAUCGAGGACUUCAUCAAGCGCUUUACUCCCAGCCGCCUCACCUCGGGAUCGAACAGCAGCAGCUCGUCCAGCUUGGCCACCAGAAGCUCCGCACCACGGGCUGGCUCCAGCCUCCUGUCGUCGCCGUCCACCGAGGGCACCCUCCUCAGGCUGGAGGAGGAAAAGUCCCCAGGCCCCCUGGAAGGAUCCUUCCGACCUGUCCCACCACACUCGGCUUCUGAGGAAGCAGAGCUCCGCUACGAGGCAGAGUCGCCGGAUGAGGCAGCCCUGGUCUACGCCGCUCGAGCCUACAAGUGCGCCCUGGUUGGCCGGCUCCCUGACCAAGUGACUGUGGAGCUGCCUCACCUGGGCAAGCUGACCUUCGAGCUGCUGCACACUCUGGGAUUCGACUCGACCCGGAAGCGCAUGUCUGUGGUGGUCCGCCACCCCCUGACAGACGAGAUCACGGUUUACACCAAAGGAGCAGACUCUGUUAUCAUGGACCUCCUAAGACCGCCCACCUCAGAUGACACCAAAGGCAAACGACAGAGGAAAACACUCUACAAAACCCAAAACUAUCUCAACCUUUAUGCCGCCAAUGGACUCCGAACACUCUGCAUCGCCAAAAAGGUCCUCAGCAAGGAGGACUAUGCUGCCUGGCUGAAAAGCCACUUGGCAGCGGAGACUACCAUCCAGGGCCGGGAGGAGCUGCUCUUUGAGUCUGCCCUGCGUUUGGAGACCGACCUCCAGCUCCUAGGAGCCACCGGCAUCGAGGACCGGCUCCAGGACGGCGUCCCCGAGACCAUCGCAUCGCUGCGAAAGGCUGGUUUGCAGAUCUGGGUGCUAACUGGGGACAAGCAGGAGACGGCCAUCAACAUCGCCUACGCGUGCAAGCUGCUCGACCCCGAGGAGGAGAUCAUCACCCUGAAUGCCGACUCGCAGGAAGCCUGUGCCGUUCUAUUGGAGGAGAGCUUACACUACAUCCGGUCCAAAUUCCUCUGCGACGCCCCGGAACAGGCCACCCGUGCUCCGCAGGAUGACCCUUCCUCCCUGCCCGUCCUGGUGCACCGGCUGGGCCUGGUAAUCGACGGGCGUACUCUGGCCUACGCCCUGGACAGGAGCCUGGAGGACAGGUUCCUGGCGGUGGCCCGGAGCUGCCGCUCGGUGCUGUGCUGCCGGUCCACGCCACUGCAGAAGAGCAUGGUGGUGAAGCUGGUGCGGAACAAGCUGAAGGUCAUGACCUUGGCCAUAGGGGACGGGGCUAAUGACGUCAGCAUGAUCCAGGUGGCCGAUGUGGGCGUCGGAAUCUCGGGCCAGGAGGGGAUGCAGGCUGUGAUGGCCAGUGACUUUGCCCUCCCGCGCUUCCAGUACCUGCAGAAGCUGCUGCUGGUCCACGGUCACUGGUGCUAUUCCCGCUUGGCCAACAUGAUCCUCUACUUCUUCUACAAGAACGCGAUGUUUGUCGCCCUUAUCUUCUGGUAUCAGUUCUACUGUGGCUUCUCUGGCUCGGCCAUGAUCGACCAGUGGUUUCUUAUCUUCUUCAACCUGAUGUUCUCCGCCUUCCCUCAACUGAUCACCGGCACCCUGGAUAAGGACGUGUCAGCAGAGACGCUCCAGGACCGACCUCAGCUCUACAUGAGUGGGCAGAACUCGGAGGAAUACAAGCCAUACAUGUUCUGGAUGAAUAUGAUUGAUGCCUUCUACCAGAGUCUGGUCUGCUUCUUUAUUCCUUACUUUGCGUACUCCGACUCAGACGUUGACCUCUUCACUUGGGGCACUCCCAUCACCAGCCUGGCACUCUUCACCAUCCUGUUGCACUUGGGCAUCGAGACAAAAACCUGGACUUGGCUGAACUGGGCCUCCAUCGCCUUCAGCGUUGCCCUGUUCCUAACCAUAGCUCUCUGCUACAACGCCUCCUGUCCUUCCUGCUACCCACCCUCCAACCCCUACUGGACCAUCCAGCGGCAACUGGCCAACCCGCUCUUCUACCUGCUCUGCCUCAUUACCCCUGUCGCCGCCCUGCUGCCCCGAUAUUUCUACAGGGCGUGUCAAGGCACCCUCUUUCCUGGCCCGGUCCAGUUGGGGCGUCAGCUGGACAGGCUGCCCCCCGAGGCCCGGAGGAGCGCGCUCGGCCAGACAAAAGUGACGGGGGGGCAUCACUUUGCCUCCCAGCCGCCCCUCUACCACAUUCCCGGGUUUUUCUGCAACCAUGGAGCAGAGGGAUACAAGAAGCGGGAGGCCUCCACGGACUCGGCCAAGGAGGGGGUAGGCCUCUCUGGAGGCACGGCCACGGCCGAGGGCGGCUGGGGACCAGACGCUAAGCGCAGCGGCCUGCCUCCUGAAGUGGACACGCUGCUGUACUUGCAGGGGGAUGCAUCCGACGGGCGUUCCUAUGCAAACGCGGCUGUCGCACCUUCAGGUUUCAGCCUCGCGGACAGAGCAACGCCCCCACCCCCGUUUACGCAGCAUGAGUGUGUGCCACUGACGACGGCAGCCACCUGCGUACAGAGUGCCCCCGGAGGGGAGGGGCUCGGACUCCCUCCCAGUACUGCGACGAGGCCGGAGGGGAGGACGGCGGAUUCCCUCGAGACGACCUUAUUAUGAUGCAUUGGCUUAUAACAUCACUCCGGGGCACAUUUGCACGUUAGUUAUUUCAAAUUGUAUUAUAUUUUCAUUUUGGAUUUUUUUUUUUAAUAUAAAGAUAGGUACUGCUGUGCAUGUGUAUACACAUACACCUACACAUGCAUGUAACUCUGAAAUAUAAAUAAAAUAUAUUUUAGAUGUAAAAAGUUCAGAAAUUAUAUCCUGCAAGCAAAUAUCUUAUGCAACUGGACAGACUUGCUAUUCAGUUGAAUUCUGGAAGAUUCUAAUUAGUCUCAAGGUUACGGUUUGAGAGUGAAAUAUUUAGAGGUAUAAUUAUCUUGUUCGGAACCAGCAUUCUGUGACUGUCCCCUUCCUCCUAUGCAAAAUGUUAUUGCUUCCCAUUUGUGGUCUUUCUAUCCUUUUCUGUUUGUUUUUACUAUGCAGUGGGUCCAAAAUGUCUGAACUGAUUACUGGUUUGGCUGUGCUGCCGCUUGUUGACGGCCAGGAGGCUGGUGCUGAUAAAACUCCUCCUCGGUGGGGGGGGGGGGGGUCUUUGUCUUUCCAUUAAAAUCUAGUAAGGCAGAACAGGAUGGGCGACACUAAGUAUAUCAGCACCGUGCCUGCAGACGUCACCAUAACCAGACUGGGUGUGAGGUUAGGCCCCACCCCACAUGGGGGUUAGGUCACAUCAGUGAUAAUGGACGGUAACCUUGUGCUGCUGUGUAAGUAUGUUGUGUAUGUUGUGGUCUUAUGACCUACAUUCCCCUUCAGAGGUUAUAUAAGCUACACCAAAGCUGAAGUGUCUCUCGCGAGGCUCGACUGUCGACUUCCUCCCGGAAUUUGCGUGUCUGUCGAUCUGGGUAGGAACAUAGAGCAGGGGUGGUAAAACUGACGCGUCCAGCGUGGGGGGGGGGUUUGGCUGGAUGGUAUGAUAAGGAUUUCAGAAUGACUGACGCAGCCUGUGUGUAGAGAGCCAUAUCCCUGAUUUCGGACCAAGGGCUGCGCAUGUCGCACUGCACUCGUCAUGCAGUGGUUCAGCCUGCAGUCUGCCUGGUUCUGAGCUGGACUGAGGCUCUGUCACAGCAGACGUGCUGCUGGGUCAGUGCUACGCCAGCCUCGGGUUCAGACAGGAGCAGAAGUGCUUUCCGGAUGGUACGUACCUCUGCUACUCGCAUUCCUGAUCAUCCCCUAAGUGCUGCAGUUACGUGGUUCAAGUGGAAAACGGUGCCCCUUGUGGCCAUCUCUGGCACUUCACAUUUUACACUUCUCCUCGUCCUUAAACGGGCUCUCUGAAUCACACGGCAGUGCCAGCAUUUACCGUUAUUCCUUCAGCGCGGAUUAUGUGGAAUAUUUGCACUAGUUAAGAUGACGAUCUUUCAUAUCUGUGAUCUGAUUUGAAGUUUUCAGCACUUGGACUGUGUGUUGGUUUUCCUGUUGCCAAACUGCAGUGCUCCCUUCCUUCACUGGGUCCAGCACUCCCAAAGGCACUGGGGCGGUGCUCUGAAGUGCCAUUAUGCCACGCUGCGUUGCACUGUGUGGUCAACCUAAUGGAACCCAGUAAAUUAACUGGUCAGGGACAGGUGACCUGCGAUGUUUCCUCCUGUAGCCUCACGCCUCAUUUUCCACUGUCGGCAGUUUGACCAAAUUUUGCCAAAGGGAUCAGUGUAUAUAUUAUCUUGUCAUCCUGUCUUCUACGGUUUUCCUCCAGGGAUUUAAGUUUUUUUUUUUUUUUUUUUUUUCCAUCAUUGCUUGUUUUUAGCAACCAAACAAAUUUUUGUGUGUGUUUGUAUGUGUUGUCAGAAUGCAGUGUUUGUAGAAAUAUCCUCUGUCAUUUCUUUGCCUUCCUGUCAGUCAGCAGUGGGUGUGAACCGGCGACCUUCACGUGCCUUAACACUGGAUUAUACAGAAUUAAAGUUACUGCCUUUUAUCGUGAUUUUUUUUUUUUUUUGCCCACUGUAAAUGAGAAAUAAUGGUGCAUUUCCACAGAAACCUUCCAUAGCAUAUCUGUUUAUCUAAAUGUCCAAAUGAGAUUGUUCUUCUCUUGGGAAACACCCACUGUAGCGUUCAGGAUCUGAUCCCAGCUCCUGCAGAAUCGUUCUCCUGUGGGAGACCCUGUCUGCUCACCUCUUCCCACACUUGAGGUCGAUGUAUUGUAAUUGGACAUCAUGUGUCUGAUUUAUGGAGACUGUUAACACUACCUUAGCAAUAUUUCUGUUACUAGAAGCACCAUUUUAUGCAAUUACUCUGGUCUUUGUGGGUAUGUGUUUUAUUCCUUUGUUUUUAGCUGGGAUCUGCAGUCAUUAAGAUAAUUGGUUUCAAGCUGUUCUUUGUGCAAACUGAAGUUGUUUUCCUGCCAUAUUUUUUUUUUUUUUUAAAAGACUCAACGAUUUUGUUGCAAAAUGGAAAUAAAUGGCUUCCUUUGUAUGACAUGAGACAAAA